AUGUAUAGGCAUCGUAUCGUUGUGGCUGUAGCGGCAGCGGUAGCAGUAACUGUACCUGAUGUUGACUUUGAUAUUGGCAAGAAGAGGGAAAAAGGCGGUUUCUGGUUCUGCCGCGGCCCGCCGCCUCCCCUUUGGGCAAACCAGACUUCGCCUCUUCGACCUCAAAAUUUCAACCUCAACCUCAACUUCAACUCCGAUAUCAGAGGAUUCACCAGCUUCGCGAGCCUCAACUUCAGCUUCUCCAGAUCAGCGCUACUAGCUGCAAAUAGAAAGGUCUUCAUUGGCCUGAGGAAGUGUCGCCUCAUACCCCAGCUGAGCAAGCAACACGUUUGUGUGUGUGCACUAUUUUCCUGGAUCGACCAGCAUUUGCACCCCAGGAAUCUUGGAAUGAUGUCAUGCUGA